AUGGACGGCCUGAUCGAUGCUUGCAAGGUGCCCUGCGUCUACAAGAGUUUCGGCUGCGAGAGGUACGUCGACCUGCACUCGCUGGCGGAGCAUAGUUCCAGAUGCAUGCACACGCCCUGCUACUGCUAUGAGUGCACGCCGCCAUUUGAGGGCUCGCUGGCGACCCUCGUGCAUCACCUCACGGCACCGUCCGUCGAUCACUACUGGCCCGCGGCGGUGAACAUCAAGUACGAGACGUGCUACCCGAUUGUCGUGCCGGGGUCGCUAGAGGAUCACCACCACCUGCUAGUCGUGGAGGAGGACGGUAGCGUCUUCCUCUUGGCCGUGGGCACCAGCAAGGCCCGCGCAGGCCACGGCCCCGUCUCUUUAGUGUGCGUCAGGGGUAACACCGCUGACGCUGACACGAGGCCGGUGUGCGGGUGCCUGCUCACUGUUAUUGCCCCUCAGAGGUACGAGGGCGCCCACGUCGCCUCCAUCAUGCUGACUGGGACUGUGCCAAGCUGCUCCGUUCCCGGCAAUGUGGACAUGGAAGACGCCUGGUAUGAUUUUCACCCCAAGAUGGUACACUGGGACUCCAAGGAGGUUCACCUGGUCAUAUGCAUUAUCAAUUCAAAUGUUCAUCAUUAG